CUGAACACGAACGUUGAUGGGAAGUAGAAGAGCAUGUUCGCCUUUACCUCUAUCAAAGGUAUUGGCCGCUGCUUCGCCAAUAUCGUUUGCAAGAAGGCCGACGUCGACAUUAACAAAAGGACUGACGAGCUUUCUGCUGUUGGACUUCAGAAUAUGAUGACAGUUGUUGCGAGCCCAUGCCAGUUCAAGAUUCCUGAUUGGUUCUUGAACAGGAAGAAAGAUUACAAAGAUUACAGGUAUUCUCAGGUUGUUUCAAAUGCCUUGGACAUGAAGCUGAGGGAUAACCGUGAGAGGCUAAAGAAGAGAGGGGCAAAAUUGAUGUUCGUCUCAAAAUAUGAUCCAAACAGCUACUUCGGCAAUGAAUUGAUACUUGUGUAUUCGAAGAAGAGAAUGGUCAAUGAAGCGUUUGAUGCUUGCAGAUACUUGGGAGAUCAUGAGCUGGACGCUAAUAUAAUUAGCUUUAGCACAAUGCUUCAUGUUUCAUAG